AUGCCCUACGAUCGGUCGCCCAAUCCCACUGCCGGGAGACCUCAGGUGCCCAUGCUCAGCGCUGGUGCAGCCAGGGCUGUGAACAAACCUACCCUUGCUCCUAAAAUCGCCAUCAAGCCCUCUCAAGGUCCGACAUUGGCAGCAAAUGCACACACCCCCUUGCCGAAGCGAACACUGCGCCCGGGAACUGGAAACGUUGCCACCCCUGCCCCGUCGAGGAGUACGCCCCAGCCGGAGGAGGACCCUCUGGCCUUCUUGAGCAACAACAUCACCCCACGCUCCGGCAAGAGGCAGGGUCGGGUCGAAAGCGCGAACAGCACUCCGAGCGGCACACCGACACAGGAUGCGUGGGAGAGGGAUGCUAGGGGGGGCAUCUCGCCCGCACCACAUAACCCUGAUGCCACGAGGAGGCCCGUUGCAUCAUUCACCUCGAACCCCUCAAUGCCUGGAAAGCAUGAGGUGAGGGCUGACCUGGAUUCCAAAUUCUUCCAUGCCAGCGAGGUCAAGAGCACCCAGCCGCCCCCUCAAAAGCAUACUCUAGCCAAGGCCCCCUCAUUCUUCUAUGCCAACGGGAACAAGCCAGAGAAGAAACCGAAUACGCCAUCCAUCACCUCGGCGCCGUCACACGACAACCUGUCGAGCAAGUUUGUCUACGCAAAUGGCACCCCGGACCUCAAGCCGAGCCCUCCAUUAGGCACCUCUCGGCCGAGCUCGGUCGUUUCCAUGGCUUCGAGAGCUCCCUCUAGUCGACCUACCAGUACUCACAAUGGGCUUGGUUCAGCUCAGAGACCAGCAUCCCCUGCAAGAAUCGCCCAGCCUCCUCAUGUUGCGCAGUCCAAGCAUGCCAGUCGGCCGCAGCUCACCUCGACCCCUUCACUUGGUCCGCCAUUAGGGCUACGGCGCACUAGCACGGGAACAUCCAUAUCGAGAGGAGCUCAUUCUAGGAAUAGUAGUGGCUCAAGACUAAGUAUGGGAGAGGCGGAGAUGAAGCAUGCUUUGGUCCCCCCUGGCCCUACGUCGCCGCUGGCGUCGCCCUCGCUGGCCUCCCCUAUGCAUGCCCCCUUAUCGUUGGCUUCGAUUAUACAAGCCGCAGAAGAGUUUGGCGACGAUGAAAGUAUCCCUUCACCCGAUGGCUCUCGCUCUGACGCGCGUUCCUUACACGAAGUGCAGAGCCCAGCCAGAUCUACGCAUUCUGGAGAUCCACUCGGCGAUCUUGUUGCGAACGCUCGGAGAGAGAGAAAGGUCCAGGACCUGCAGAUCACCAAUGCGUCGCUCGAGGCCAUCAAUAGAACUUUGGAGCGUCAACUUCGGAAGCAAACGGCAGAGCUUAGACGCUUUCGACGAAUGUCGCGUGCCGGCGGUUUGCCUGCAAUUCCAAGCGUUGCGUCUAGUCGUGUGGUAUCUGACGCUCAUUCCGCUCAUUCCGCUCAAACCGGCAUCGAAGGGCUGUCGUUUUCUGAUCUCGAGGAAGAGGAUUCGGAUGACGAACCACCCGACGAAGAGGACGAGUCGUUUUCCGAUACGGACUCGGCUAAUGAGUCACUAAGCCCGACUAUAAUUGCAGAGCGCGAUGCUAGGCGUAUGAAAAGGGACGAGAAGCGGCUGCAACUCGACCUCUCGAAACACCAGGAGCUACUGGUCGAUUCACAAAAGAUCAAUCAGAGUAUCAAGCGAUGCAUGGACUGGACCGAAGAGCUUAUAAAAGAAGGCAAAAAGGCUCUCGAGUACAGUGUUCGUGUUAGCGAUGUUGAGAUACAUAGACCAAGAGUCUUAAAUCCAGUCGAUGAGGAUGAUGAGCCAACACAGGCGAGCAUCAACUUUGACGCAGAUGCCACUCUGGACGACAUUUCGGUGCUUAUAGACGAGGGACACGGCAAUUCGGAGAGAAUAAUGCCACUAGAGCCCAAGCUAGCCGGCUGGAAACCAGAAUCGCAAACCUGCGAAACAGAUGCGCAGCUCCCAGUCCAGGAUGGAUAA